AAUAUACAGUACUUUGUUUUUCUCGAGAACUAGAUAAUUUAGUAUCAGAAUGGGGAAGGCUUCUACGUUUGACUGUCAUGAAUUCUGAAAAUUUAAUUUUCUAUGCUUUUUUCGACAAAGUUUAAGAAUGCCGUUGAUCCCGUUCGUCUUUGCGGUGUUGUUCGGAGUGAGUCGAACAUCCGUCAUCCCUUCUCAAUCCGGAUCUAAUUUGACUCCAGAAAAUUUUAAAAGAAUUUUGGGACCAGAAGUUCUGUCCAAUCUUCAAAACUUAGCUAAAUUGGGGAAUCCGGAAAACACGUUGGAAGUGAUCCAUGUCUUGACACAAGCUCUACAGGAAUGCGUUUCGCGCGAAACGCCGAGCAUGCGUAGAAUGUAUUUUUCUAACCGGACUGUCGUCUGCAACGAUGGAUCACCUGCCGGAUAUUAUAUUCGAAAAUCUCACGGAAGUAAAAGGUGGAUAGUGUUUUUAGAAGGUGGUUGGUAUUGUUUCGAUUGGAAAAGUUGCGAGAAUCGAUGGCAACGAAUGAGAAAUUUAAUGUCAUCAAAUACCUGGCCAGAAAAUAGGAAUGUUGGGGGUAUUUUAUCUGCCGAUCCUGAAGAAAAUCCUCAUUGGUGGAAUGCUAAUCACGUUUUCGUUCCAUAUUGCUCCAGUGAUUCUUGGAGUGGAGCAUCAUCAGCCAAAGAAAAAGGCGAAUUCUCCUUUCUUGGUUCUAUAAUUGUGGUCGAAGUCAUAAAAGAGCUUAUUAAAAUGGGAUUGUAUAAUGCCGAACGUUUACUUCUAGCGGGAAGCAGUGCUGGUGGUACGGGAGUUUUGGUUAAUUUGGACCGCAUAGCUGAUUUCCUGAACGAACAGGGAUCCAGAGUCAAAGUAUAUGGACUAGCAGAUUCAGGGUGGUUCCUUGAUAAUGAUCCUUAUGAAUCUGUCGAGUGCAUUGAAGCUCAUACCUGUGCUCCAGUCGAAGCUAUUAAACAAGGCAUUCGACUUUGGAAUGGACAAGUACCGACAAGAUGCAAAGCUUUGUAUAAUCCUACUGACGUCUGGCGUUGCUAUUUCGGAUAUAGAAUAUAUCCGACUCUUAAAGCUCCUUUAUUUGUAUUUCAAUGGCUUUUUGAUGAGGCUCAAAUGACUGCCGAUAACGUAGGUGCUCCUGUAUCCAAAGCGCAAUGGGACUACAUUCAUCAUAUGGGAAAUGAGCUGAGGUCUUCUCUACAGAAUGUCACGGCUGUUUUCGCUCCUUCUUGCAUAUCGCAUAUUGUAUUAACAAAAAGAGAUUGGCGUUAUGUUAAAAUAAAUAAGAAUACGUUACCAGAAGCUAUACAAUGUUGGGAAAUUUUGGAAGAAGAACGAAGUAAUAGAGAAAAAAAUGAAGAUGAAAAAGAAAAUAGUACUUCACAGUUUGCUGCGGCAAUGCUAGCCGAUAUGCCUUAUACUCAGACUUUACAUAUAGAAACCACGUCUUCGACUGAAAUAACAUCAACUGAUAAUAUAAUCAGUCGAGAAGAAAGAAGAAAACUUCGAAGAAAAGAAAGAAAAAGACGAAGACAAAAUAAAAACAAAAAAAGGAAAAAUAAAAAUAGACAUUCAGAUUCUAAGAAACGUCAGAAAAGGACGGUUUCCUUCGAAAACAAUCAUUCAGCAUUGGCUCUUCAUGACAAUUAUGAAGCGUGCACUCAGUGGUUUAUGGAUGAAUGUUCGUGGCCGCAAUGCAACAGAGAUUGUCCCCGUCUUCAUAAUCCUUUUACAGGAGAAGAAAUGGAUUUUAUAGAAUUAUUAAAAUCGUUUGGGUUAGAUAUGGGAAGCGUAGCGAAUGCUCUUGGCAUAGAUCUCACCACGCUCAACGAGAUGGAUCACGAUACUCUAUUGCAAUUAUUAACGCAACAAACAAAUUAAUGACAGCAUUUUUCCUAUAAUACGACAAUCAGUUAUCAGUUUGGAAAAUUGAACUAAAUAAUAUCAUAGUUCGAGUUAUUUAAUUUCUAUUUUCGUACCUGACUUGGUAUAUAUGUUAAGCAUGUUUAUUUCAGGGAUACUUGUAAAUAUAAUUUGUAUACAUUAAAAAAAUCAAGCUAAUAUUUAAAACCGAAGUUCUUACUAUGAGAUUUUCAAUUAAAAUUAAAUCGCGCAACAUCUAAUCUGUUUUAAAUAGCGUAAGACGUUCUACUUUUACUCGGUGAAAAUCUAAUAGUUUGCAACUGUUUUAAGAUAUUGUCCCCAACUUUAACGUAUGUCUAUCAUUUAUGGAUAUCAGAUCUAACCAACAAAUUUUAUGAAUGGCUGAACGUAAGUUAUAGGCUAAAUGUUGCGGGAUAAUUUCUUCUGACGGACUAAAUUUGUAGUUUAUAUGUAUUUAUAGGCAUAAUU